GACUGUCAAGCGUUUUCAAAAUGUCUGCGCCCAUUCCCACCGCCUAUGUCACGGAAGCUCACAGCAAAGCUAUGUUUUCUGGGCAAAAAAUACCACCGCAGAUCUUAUAUCUUUCUAAAAACAUACACACUGUAGAUGUAAGUGUAUUCGGAAGACUAUUGCAGUUAUGCGUGAAAGAAAUACUGGAAGAAAACGUGACCGAAAACGAAUUUCAAGACUUCAUUGCUACCUGCAAAUGUUCUGCCGCUAAGUCCGAAGACGUACUCAGUGACUUGUAUGCUGGGACGCGCUUACUUAUGACAAGUGCAUUUAGAAUACCAUCAGCGCAACUGAAACCUGAAUUGUUUAAAGAUAGUUUGCUACAACUGAAGAUACCACAGGCGUAUGUUGAGCAGGUUGUCAGCGUUGUGUUUGGACACCAACGAGCAGAGAUUGACCGCAAAGUGCUACAGACCAGACCACGGCUUUCCACCUUGCAACGCUACCGGUGGCGAUGUGAUGUGACAAUAUCAACUAACUCACUUAACAGGGUGCUGGAGCCAACAAUUCUCAUGGAACUAACACUUUCAAAUGGCAGGAUUGCUAACUUCGAGGUGCCCGUGUCAAAAUUCCACGAACUUAGGUAUAACGUGGCACAAGUACUGAAGGAGAUGGAAGACUUAGAAAAAAGACACAUUUUAAAAUUUUAGUUUGGGCUGCCAGCGACAGCAGAAUUUUUUUUACACUUAUUAUUGCUGUUAUGCUUGGAUAUGUGCAUAAUAGCAGCCAACUGCGUACGAUUAAUACUAUAUAAUGUGGCAUAAAAUUUAACAUUUAUUGAAUUGUAUGUUAUGAUAAUUACUAAUUAGUGUCCUAUUAAUAUAACUAUAAAUCUGAAUAUGCUGUGUCAUACACUGAAUGUUUAUUGUAGGGCCUACAUUGACUUAUGGUUUUAUCAAAACUGCUAAUUUUAUAUUGUAAUUUGUUUACGAAAGGAUUGAAACACUAGUUGCCAUAAAUUAACCCAAGUGUAGAAUUCAAAAACUUAUGUCUAAAAAUUCUAUACAGAGGUUCAUGGAGCUAGAUCAUCUAAAGCAUUGAUUAGCAACUUGUUUAGUGAAAAAAUAUCUUUAUAUUAGCCAUGGCUUAGUGUAUACUAUAGUAAAAUCAGUUUAGCAUAGGUUUAUGUCUGAUUUAUUGUAAAGAAAUUGUGGUCAUUGGUAAAUUAAAUACGAAAAGUACGAGACAAUUUUGGCACCAAACUGUUUUUUAUAAUUUAUAAAAUAAGGCGUGUUAUAAGGGUAGCGUGUUAAUACUUUUUUUCAUUAGGUUGAAGUCCAUCAUAUCGUGCCUUUUCUUUAUGAAAUAUUUUCAGAGAAGUCUAGUUAUUGUCGAGUGAAAGUUCAUUAAUGUUUUCAUCAAUUUGUUACAAUUUCUGACCUUGAAUUCACGUCAUUCUAUACCUUUCUGGCCAUUUUAUACAAAAACAUUGCAAUGGGUGAGCAUCUGUUUUGCACUAUCUCAAGAAGGUAUAUCACAGUUGCUGAGUCAAUCACGUUAACUACAUCAGCUUAUCAUGUAGAUAUAUUACUGAUAAGCUUGUACUGGGUUCUCUGUUGUAGAAUGCUGACUGGUAACUAUGUGUUAGUACCGUUACUCCCAACUAUUAUUAUUUCAUAGCAAUUUAUAUUGUCAUUUCAAUGUUGCAAAGAAAUUACAUAUUUUGCCAUC